AUGGAGGUCAAGUUAUGGAACGAUAAGCGUGAGAGAGAGAUGUACGAGAAUUUCGCUGAGCUGUACGCUAUCAUCAAAGCUACCGAGAAGCUCGAGAAGGCUUACAUCCGUGACCUGAUCUCUCCGUCCGAGUACGAAACCGAGUGUCAAAAACUCAUUGUCCACUUCAAGACACUCUCCGCAACGCUCAGAGACAUGGUCCCAAGCAUCGAGAGAUUCGCGGAGACGUACAAGAUGGACUGCUCGGCUGCGGUUUAUCGGCUCGUGACAUCCGGUGUUCCAGCUACCGUGGAGCAUCGAGCUGCUGCAGUGGCUUCUACAUCGAGCUCUGCUUCCGUUGUCGCUGAGUGUGUUCAGAACUUUAUCACUUCCAUGGAUUCUCUCAAGCUCAACAUGGUUGCUGUUGAUCAGGUGUAUCCGCUCUUGUCUGAUCUCUCUGCUUCUCUUAACAAGCUAAGCAUCUUGCCACCGGAUUUCGAAGGGAAGAUGAAGAUGAAGGAGUGGCUUUUGAGGCUGUCUAAGAUGGGAGCUUCUGAUGAGCUCACUGAGCAGCAGGCUCGACAACUUCACUUUGACCUUGAGUCGUCUUACAACUCCUUCAUGGCUGCUUUGCCUAAUGCUGGUAACUAA